AUGUUUGUUUUCGUGGGUGUCAAGGACAUCCUCAUUCUGGCCGCCGGCGGGGAGCCGACGGUUCGGCAAGAUGUCACAUUUCAUGACAGCGACGAUGGGAGGCAUUGCUUCAUUUCUGUUCCUGUUAGGGACUGGCUUGGUUUUUCUUCUCGUUACUUCCUCAUGGACUGGUGGGCUGGUGGGAUUAAAGCAAUUCGCACACGCAACGGACAGGACGCAUGGCUCGCCUUGAUCAGCUGGGAAGCUCUGGCGGGCGUGUUGGGCAGACGGGCGGCCGCAGCACGGCACGACAAGCGAUUGGUACGACGGCACGACACAACGGCGUUCUAG